UACAGGUUUCUUUCCUGUUGCAUCUUUGAUAUCAUUUCCUAGACUCUGCUCCAUGAUUUAACUUGAAAUUCUGAAAUGAAGAUGGAGGAGGCAGUGGGAAAAGUCGAAGAACUCAUUGAGUCUGAAGUCCCACCAAAAGCGUCUGAACAAGAGACAACCAAGGAGGAAGAUGGAUCUGUAGAACUGGAAUCUCAAGUUCAGAAAGAGGGUGUAGCGGAUUCUGCAGUCCUUUCUUCAAUGCCCUGCUUGCUGAUGGAACUAAGAAGGGACUCUUCAGAGUCUCAGCUGGCAUCCACGGAGAGUGACAAGCCGACGGCUGGCCGAGUUUACGAGAGUGACUCCUCUAAUCACUGCAUGCUUUCCCCUUCCUCUAGUGGUCACCUGGCUGAUUCAGACACGUUGUCUUCUGCAGAAGAGAAUGAACCCUCUCAGGCAGAAACAACAGUAGAAGGAGACCCUUCAGGAGUGUCUGGUGCCACCAUUGGGCGCAAGUCUAGGCGUUCCCGAUCUGAAAGUGAAACAUCUACCAUGGCUGCCAAGAAGAAUCGGCAAUCCAGUGAUAAACAGAAUGGCCGAGUCACCAAGGUUAAAGGUCAUCGGAGCCAGAAGCACAAGGAGAGGAUCAGGCUACUGAGGCAGAAAAGGGAGGCUGCAGCGAGGAAGAAAUACAACCUGCUGCAGGACAGUAGCACCAGUGAUAGUGACCUGACUUGUGACUCAAGCACGAGCUCAUCAGACGAUGAUGAAGAGGUUUCAGGGAGCAGCAAGACAAUCACUGCAGAGAUACCAGAUGGACCUCCAGUUGUAGCUCAUUAUGAUUUGUCUGACACCAGCUCUGACCCAGAAGUGGUAAAUGUGGACAAUUUAUUGGCGGCUGCAGUAGUUCAAGAGCGCAGUCAUUCUAUAGGCGGCCAGGACCCAGGAGCUACCUGGAGGAGCAGCGGGCUUCUAGCGGAGCUGAAGUCAGAGGCAGGUCAUUUGGAUCCAGGAUUCCUAGCAAGUGAUAAAACAUCUGCUGGUAAUGCACCACUCAAUGAAGAAAUUAACAUCGCCUCUUCAGACAGCGAAGUAGAGAUUGUGGGAGUUCAGGAACAUGCGAGGUGUGUUCAUCCACGAGGAGGCGUGAUUCAGAGUGUUUCUUCCUGGAAGCACGGCUCGGGCACGCCGUAUGUCAGUACCAGGCAAACACAGUCAUGGACUGCUGUGACUCCCCAGCAGACAUGGGCCUCACCAGCAGAAGUUGUCGACCUCACCUUGGAUGAGGACAGCAGGCGCAAAUACCUACUGUAAUACAAUGUCACUGUGUUCCUCUGCACUGUCCUUCCACUUCCUCUUCCUCUUUGUGACACGGAAGCUCAUUGUCAUAGCUUUUCAGCUUCAGAAGCUGUUUGUGGCAUUUGUAGAAUUGAAACUCAUGGAAAACCCCUCCCCCCCCUUUUUAAUUAAAAGAUGUCACUUAGGAAAAUAA